AUGAAGUUCAACAUUGCUACAGUAUCUUUGGUUCUUCUCGCUGCCAGCACUUUGGCUGUUCCAACUCCAAGAGGUUUGGCUCUUGGAAAACGUUCUCCUGACUCGAAAGAGAACCAAUUUGAAAAGGGCGAAAAACAUGGUACAAAGAAGAAGUCUCAAGCUCAUGUGAAAGUGAAUCAUGACAAAACGAAACAGCAACAUGACGAAAAGAAUUUGAGUCACAAAAAUGAGAAAUUGCAAAAAGAUGAAAAGAAUAAGCAACACGCAUCAAAGAAACAGGAAGAGGGAGAAAUUAUUAAUAAAAACGGACAAAAGAAAUACAAAGCUAAUGAAGAAUAUUAUGGCUCGGAGAAUAAGAAACACUUGAAUAAGAAUUUGAAACAAGAUACAUACAACGAGGAACAUGACAAAAAGGACAAGAAGAAUAACAACACGGAAGCUAAAUUCUCGCAUGAAAAUGAGAAAUCGGAUGAAAAGCAUGCGAAAGAUACUAAUAAGAAAGUGAAGAGCGAUGACAAAAAAGUGAAAGCUGGUGAAAGGAAAGAUAAAAACGUAGAAAAGAAAAAGAAAGUUCAAGAAAAGCAAAAGAACCAUCAAGAAGUGAAAGGAAAAAAGGCUGAAUAUUAA